UCCCCCUCCACACACACACACAGAGAGAGAGAGAGGGCUUUCCUUCUCUUUUCUAAUGCAUAUGUCUGGUGCAGAAUUCAAAAAAGCUUAGCCUUUUGGUGGUCAUUGUGAGUGCUGUCAAAAGAAGAGACUGGAAACUUUACAAGAACGGUAGGUUCUCUUGACCCUAGAUUUUGCUAUCUUGUGUGGAGACCCUGAACGAGGAGAGUGGAAGCAAAGCUAGGAGAAGGACAGGAGAGCUUCUUCCUUUUAUGUCUGAAUUAUAUUUCAGUAGUUUAGCUUCCCUAUGGUUACUGAGAUUCCUUUCCAAGCUCUAGUCGAGCUAUAUAGCAACACCAGAUAGGAAGAUUCCAUAGCAUUUAUUCUCUUGUGCGGGUGUUGACCCCCUGUAGAAAGAGCUUUAGUGUUGUUCUGGUGAAUUUGGUCUCUCAUACAUAGAUGGGUAACUAUAGGUUUAGAUUGUCUGACAUGAUGCCAAAUGCUUGGUUCCAUAAGCUCAAGGACAUGGGAAACAAGGCAAGGAAGAGCCAGAGCAUCUCACAUUCCAUGAGGAGCUACCCUGCAAGGACAUCACCACCCACACCACCAAAGACAUUCACACCCCCAUCACCACCACACAAACAAGCCUUCCUCCCCAGCAGAGCCUCCUGCUACAUCUCUAGCAGAGUUGGAACAGAGAAGCUCCCCAAUUCCCCCUUCCACCCCAGGACCUCCGAUGGCCACUUGCCCGUGGACCCUCCAAGGAGUUCCAAGAGAAGAAGCAGAAGGAAGGCCAUCAAGCCUCCCCCCACCACCACCAAGCUUGUCACCUCCUCUAUCUCAGCCGGUUGCAGCUGCAGUGUGCGGAAAUCCGAAGCUGUGACCGACUUCCCGGCAGCCGCCACCGAGAGUCCUCUGUGCCACGGCGACCACCGCAUCAGUGGGGACGACAAUGAACACCACAAGUCUAUCAUCGGUAACAAAGUCCAAUCUUGUAGCUGCAGGGUCAGUUCCUCCGCAACCGAUAUAAUCAUUGACAUGGGCACCAGGAGCUCCAUUACUCGAAAAGGUGACAAGGUCAACGGCUGCACCAUGGUCUCUGAGCUCCAACUCCCACCAAUUCUAACGAAGCCGGUGCAGAAGGAGACGGAAGCUGAUAAGUUGGAUGAUGGCAAUAUAGAUGCAAAGCAGGAGGCCUACCACAAUGGCAGUUCUCUCAAGGAGCAGAGCAAGAGCCCGGUGAAGAAAUCCCCACCGGGACUUCAUCGGAUUAGGAUGCGCGCAAACACUCCGAGGCUCGUCGGCAAGAGGGUCCAGGUCCAGCGCAGCCGGAAGAGCGGCGGGUUGGCAAUGACGGAGAAAAUGCAGAAGAAGGGACUGCAGCAGGGUUUCGCAAUCAUUAAGUCGUCAUCAGACCCUCAGAGGGAUUUCAGAGACUCAAUGGUGGAGAUGAUUGUCGAGAACAAUAUCUGGGCUUCAAAGGAUCUGGAGGAGCUUCUGGCUUGCUACUUGUCGCUGAAUUCGAACGAGUAUCAUGAUUUGAUCGUCAAGGUAUUCGAGCAGAUUUGGUUUGAUCUCACUAACAUUAGAUUGUAAAGAAGCAAGAACGGAGUCCCUGAGCGUGGGAUUUCAGAUUUGUAUUAAACUGUAUAGAAUAAGUUGUUACCACCAUGAAAUGGAAUUCGCUCCUGCUAGAGCUUCUUUACAUUA